AUGCCCUUCUCACAUACUAAAUUGCUGCGCAAGCGUACAAGUGGGAUAAGUCAUUCAUCUAACGAAACUAAAGAGACUGCAGAGUUGCAACGACGCAUACACAUGAUAAAUAAUGCCAUUGCAAGGAAAGAUAUUGCUGAAUUGAGGAAACUGGCUGUUACUGGUCCAGGAUUGGUGAAUGAUGGUUUGAGGCGGCUAGCAUGGCCUUUGUUGUUACGCUGUGAGAAGGGUGGAGAAGUCAGAGAAGCUGAUGAGCAUAGUGAUGAAGCCCAAGCAAAGCUUGAUGUGGAAAGAUCGUUUGUGUAUUUGCCAAAAGGUACCCGCACAACUGCAAAGAAACAAUACCAGCGUGACUUACAAGAAGUAAUAGCUUGUGUAUUACGUCGUCAUCUCGAUCUCCACUAUUACCAAGGUUUUCAUGACAUUUGCUCGGUGCUCCUCAUCGUCUUGGGGAAGCAAUUGGCAAUCGCUGCCGCAGAGAAUAUAGCAAUGUUUCUCCUGCGAGACGCAAUGCUCGACUCGCUCGAGCCCAUUCUACGACAGCUUAUGCUGUUGGACACCAUACUACAAUUCGAAGAUCCGCAAAUACACAAGUUCAUGACCGAGAGCAACAUAUUACCCUAUUUUGGUUUAAGCUGGGUGAUUACUUGGUGUAGUCAUGAUAUAAAGGAUGUUGGGAAAGUGGCAAGGUUGUUUGACUUUUUCAUUUCGUCAAAUCCAUUGAUGAGUGUUUACUUGGCUGCGAGGCUCGUAAUAAGUAGACGACAAGAACUUUUGAUGCUAGAACGUGAUAAUGCAUCGAUACAUACAUUCUUGUCAAAGUUUCCACAGAACAUCGAUAUUGACGAUAUAAUAGCAAAGACACAAGGGCUGUAUAACAAGUACCCUCCAGCAGUACUGCAGAAGCUAUCUGGCGAUCCUCUGGACGAGACUUCGUGUGUAAAUACAUACAAGCGCCAUUGGUCUUCCCUAAAAUCUAAUGCUCCUGUUGAUUACUCCUUGGCAGAUCUGAUAUUAUCCAUUCCACAGACAAGGAAACCGGUAAGAGAUAUUUCGGAAGUUCGAUAG